AUGAGCUGUGCUGCGUCCGUGAGGACAGUAUUCACUUCGCAGUACGAUCAAUUGCAGCGACAAGACAUCAUCAAAUUAGCCAUGUCUCAGAACAAUCCCAUUUCGACUCUUGCCAAUGGGCAACCGAGUGAGAACCCAGGUUCAGUUCAGCAAGUUCGCUAUGGAAAAAGCAACGGCGGCCUCAUCGUCUUGAGCGACACGCAAACUAUUGAAGUACUUGCUCACUUUGCUCGUGAACGUAUUCCAGAGAGAAGCGUACAUGCAAAGGCCGCUGGAGCCUUUGGCGAAUUCGAAGUCCUCGAAGAUAUCUCCCAUCUCACCGACGCAGACUUCCUCACGGGCAUCGGCAAGAAGACGAAGUUACUCACACGAAUCUCGACCGUCGGCGGCGAGAAAGGCUCCAGCGAUACCGUACGUGAUGUUCGCGGCUGGGCGACCAAAUUCUACACCGAGGAGGGUAUUCAGGACUUUGUCUUCAACGAUCUGCCCGUGUUCUUCAUCCGAGAUCCGAUCAAGUUUCCGUCCAUGAACCGCAGUCACAAGAGACAUCCCCAGACAAAUGUUCCGGAUAACACGAUGUUCUGGGACUUUCAUCUGAACAAUCCGGAGGGUAUUCAUGCUUUGAUGCACCUCUUUGGACAACGUGGCAUUCCUGCGUCGUUGAGAAACAUCAAUGGCUUCAGUGUUCACACUUAUACCCUCAACAAGGCUGAUGGUAGCUAUGUCUACGUCAAAUGGCAUUUCCGCCCUGAUGAUGGAAUUAAGACAAUGGAUGCAGACACUGCUCAGCGACUUGCAGGCUCAGAGCCAGACUACCACGUCAAAGAUCUCUUCAAGGCUAUCGAGAAAGGAGAUUUCCCAUCUUGGGGUGUUUACAUACAGGUUAUGCAACCCGAUGAGGUCAGAGAUGCUCCAAUUGAUGUUUUCGACGACACGUAUACUUGGCCUUUUGAGAAGUAUCCUCUCAGGCUUGUCGGUAGGAUGACUCUUACCAAGAAUCUCAACAAUUACUUUCAAGAUUUGGAGCAGGCGUGCUUUUCGCCUUCAAACAUGGUUCCUGGCAUCGGACCAUCUGCGGAUCCUGCUACCCAGAUGCUCAUCGCUACAGGCAAAGUCGGGCCCAAUUACUUCCAGCUGCCCUGCAACAAACCCAUCAACAAGGUCUACGCCCCAUACGUCCGCGACGGCCCUGGCACGAUUAAUGGUAACUACGGGGGCGACCCGGACUAUGUCGGCUCAGAGCUUCGCCCCGUCAGUACGAGCAAACGAGUUCAAGUGCCUACCCACGAGGAUUGGUCGGGCCAUGUCACCGCUUUCGCAACCUCCAUCACCGAUAAAGAUUUUGAGCAGCCUAGAGCGCUCUGGAAAAUUAUUUGCAAAGAGCCAAAAGGCAAAGAACAGUUCUUGCAUAAUAUCCUUCCAACGCUGAGCGAUAUUCCUGAUAAGAUGAAGGAUCAGGUCAUUGAGUAUUUCGGGCGCGUUGAUGGGGAUCUGAAAGCUUGUCUAAAAGAGGGUCUUGGGAAGUGA